GACUGGGCCUGGGUGUCUCUGGGUUGUGGGUACUGGCGUCAGUAGGUUUUUGAACGCCGCUGAGAGCAGCUGCACCAUUUUCGAGAUACGAACCGGUUAGCUUCGUUGCAGCAGUUGCACCAACCAGCACCAACCAACCAACAACAUCAUGGCGGUCUUUGGCAUGGUCUCGGCCGUGUCCGGCUUUGUCAAGAUACGAUAUCUGCUAGACAAGGCGGUCAUCGACAAUAUGGUUUUCCGGUGCCACUACAGGAUCACGACCGCCAUUCUCUUCACCUGUUGCAUUAUUGUAACAGCAAACAAUCUGAUUGGCGAUCCCAUAAGUUGCAUCAACGACGGCUCCAUACCGAUGCACGUCAUCAACACCUUCUGCUGGAUUACGUACACGUUCACGAUACCCGGGCAGCAGCACCGGCAGAUAGGAACAGAUGUGGCUGCCCCGGGAUUGGGCAACGAGUAUGGUCAGGAGAAGCGCUAUCAUAGCUACUAUCAGUGGGUGCCAUUUGUGCUAUUUUUCCAGGGUCUUAUGUUCUAUGUUCCUCACUGGAUCUGGAAGAACAUGGAGGAUGGCAAGAUCCGGAUGAUCACCGAUGGCCUGCGUGGAAUGGUCAGUGUGCCGGAUGAUUAUCGUCGGGAGCGCCAGGAUCGCAUCCUCAAGUACUUCGUCAAUAGCCUGAACACCCACAAUGGGUACUCCUUCGCCUACUUCCUCUGCGAGCUGCUCAACUUUGUCAAUGUGAUUGUCAAUAUUUUCAUGGUGGAUAAGUUCCUGGGCGGUGCUUUCAUGUCCUACGGCACGGAUGUGGUCAAGUUCUCGAACAUGGACCAGGACAAACGCUACGAUCCCAUGAUCGAGAUCUUUCCCAGACUAACCAAGUGCACCUUCCACAAGUUCGGUCCCAGCGGAUCCAUUCAGAAGCAUGACACACUCUGUGUCCUGGCCUUGAAUAUCCUUAACGAGAAGAUCUACAUCUUCCUGUGGUUCUGGUUUAUUAUCUUGGCCACCAUCUCUGGUGGUGCUGUGCUCUACUCACUGGUGACUAUUAUGAUGCCCACAACCCGGGAGACGAUCAUCAAGCGCUCCUACCGCUCCGGCCAGCGCAAGGAGAUCGCCGGACUGGUCAGGCGCCUGGAGAUUGGUGACUUCCUCAUCUUGCACUUCCUUAGCCAGAACCUGAGCACAAGAUCGUACAGCGAUAUGUUGCAGCAACUGUGUGGAUUGCUGGGCGCCUCUCGGACCCCCUCGGCUCCCUCGACCCUCGAAAUGAAUCCCAUCAGCCAUCCGAUCUAUCCGCCCGUCGAGAGCUUCGGCGGCGGCAAGGAGACCGAGACAUAAGCCCACAUCCCCACCGGCGGAGUGGCAUCAUUUCAAUGAUUUCUCAAUAAUAUUUGUAGGGCGAUGAUAGGAAGGAGGAGAUAUAUAGGAGAGAGUUGGAGUUUUGUGUCAUGAAGUUAGGUAUUUCCAUGUCUGCCACCAAGAAUGAUCCUCGAACAUUACCCUUUCGGAGAUAACUCGAUAACGUUCUAAUGCAAAAAUAUAUAUUUAGCAAAAUUAUAAGGAAAAA